CGUGACAUUCAGUGCUCACUGCUCAGCUAAGAAAGGGAAAAGCAAAGCCCUCAAACCCAAAACCAAAACCAAAACCCUAUCUUCUUCAACGGUUCCACCGCCGCCGUCCGUGGUUGUCGGCGCCUCCGAGGAUUCCCUCUUCGCCCUGUCCCAAACCCAAACCCUCGGCUCGACGUCCAUCCUCCCGUGGCUUCUGUGUUCGAGCUGCUCUCCGUCGUUUAAAAAAGGCGCUCGCUAUCGUCUCGACGCUCUCCGUCACCCUCCACAGCUGUCGAAGCAUGGCAGUUAGAUUACCUCCAGAAACGGUGCCAAGAAUUGGGAAUCCGCAAUAUUAUUUUUUAUUUAGGAUUUAGGAUUCAAUCAAGAAUUGGCUUUGGUAUUAUUUAAGAGGAGAUUGCUGUUUUUGGCACCUGUAUCACUAAAAAGUAUUUAAAAAACAAUCGUGUAUAUGAAGCUGAAAGUGAGUGACAUAUUGUUUUCCUGGGUAAUUCAGUUUGCUGCAUUGCAUUACUAAGUAUGUUUUUUCUAAUGAAUAAGAAAAAGACUUGAAUCGAACAGGUUCUCCUCUUGUGAAUAGGUUUUGCACUUGACUAUGGAAUAGGUAACUGUUAUUGUUGAAAUUAUUGCUUAAAAUGGAUUUGUUAUGCUGCUGCUGCUAUAAAUUAAUUUCUUUCUAGCACUUGACCUCUUGUUAGGAAGUUUCACAUGCCACAUACUUAAUUUUGUGUUGCAUGUAUUGCAAAGGAUACCAUGAAGGUAGGCAGGUUAGCAAAGGAAUUAGCAGCCAAUGUAAAUAUUAAACGCAAAUCCAAAGGACUGCUUCCUCGUGUAACAAUUAAGUGUCAAUUUUAGUUGUGUCAUUCCUUUAAUAAUUAUUUAGCAAAAGAAUUUCUCUUAUUGCUCAAAAGAACUCCUUUUCUUAGCUAAUAUCUAUACAUGGAAAACAUAAUUUAAAUAGUAAUUUUGUACUUUCUCUGUUGCAGCAUUCUUAUAACUCCUAAAUGAUAUAAAUAUAGUGAAACACAUUGUUUGAGUGAAAGUUUGGAUCAAUAAAUUGCAUAACCAAAAUAAUGUAUCUGAUUGCUGUGUAUAAUCUUUAGGCUAUUUCUUGUGUUUUUCAUUUACAAAAAUAAGUUUAUUUUUCUUUUUAAGUUUUACACUAGUUCUCACUCUUUAGUACUUGUUUCAAAUGAAUAUAACUAAGUUGAAGUGAAUUAUUCAUGUCAUUGUAUAAAGGUUCGAGCUGGAAUAGUUGGAUACCCUAAUGUUGGAAAGUCAUCAUUGAUAAACCGUUUACUAAAGUGAAGAAUGUGCCCUGCAGCCCCAGACCAGGAGUUAUCCUAAUUGUUCAUGAACUUGUAUUCUGGUAAAGUUGAAACUAAUGGCUUCUAAUGUUGAGUAUUUAACAAGUUUUUGCAAAUUUUGAUGAUUGAUGACAAAUUUUCAUGUUGGAAUUUAAUAUUUAGAUAUUUCUUUUUACUAUUUAACUUUUGAGUUUGUAUUUUGAUAAGAUCAUAUAGUUUUGGUUGAUGGCAUUUCAUGCAGUGUUUUAAAUUUGGAAGAUAUUUUAAGAUUUAUAUUAGAUUAUAAUUAUAUUUUAGGAUGUUUAUUUAUAAUUUAUUUAUUAUUUUAUUUUAAACGGUUUUUCUGGUUGAACCACUGUUGGACCGGUUGGACCAGUAAACCAGUGAACCAGUGAAUAGAGGUUGUUCCUGCUAGAAGCAACGCAUAAAAGAAUCACUGGACUUCCGAUGAGACUUGGUGCUGCGGCACUUUGCAAAUGAUGAUGUCUUGAUUCUCCUAGCCGUGGCCCAUUUUCUACUGAUCCCUCGCUAUUCCAAUGAACCCAACCAAGAAGUUAACAUUUUCCCACAUUUUUCAAAGAUGUUCCUCUCUCAGAGCCCUCAAUCCUGGAAAGCAAGCCCAUGCCCAAAUGAUAGUAACUGCUUUUGUGCCUAGCAUCUAUGUUACCAAUUGUUUGCUUCAAUUCUACUGUAAAUGUUCCAAUAUGGCCUAUGCAUUCAAUGUGUUUGACAGAAUGCCACAAAGGGAUAUAAUCUCAUGGAACACCAUGUUGUUUGGCUAUGCUGGAGUUGGGAACGUGGGGUUUGCACAGUACUUGUUUGAUUCAAUGCCAGAGAGAGAUGUGGUUUCUUGGAACUCUAUGCUUUCGUGCUAUUUACAAAAUGGCACUAAUCGAAAGACAAUUGAUAUUUUUAUUAGGAUGAGAUCACUGAGAAUUCCACAUGACUAUGCUACCUUUGCUGUAGUUCUGAAAGCAUGUUUAGGUAUUGGAGACUAUUGCUUAGGUCUUCAAGUGCACUGUGUUGCAAUUCGCAUGGGUUUUGAUAACGAUGUUGUAACAGCUAGUGCUCUAGUAGAUAUGUAUUCAAAGUGUAAGAAGCUAGACAAUGCUCUUCAAGUUUUCUAUGAAAUGCCCGAAAGAAAUUUGGUAUGCUGGAGUGCUGUAAUUGCAGCCUGUGUUCAGAAUGAUCAGUUUAUUGAGGGUUUAAAACUGUUUAAGGAUACACUGAAAGCUGGUAUAGGGGUGAGUCAAUCAACCUAUGCUAGUGCAUUUAGGUCUUGUGCAGGAUUAGCUGCAUUCAAACUAGGUACACAAUUGCACGGUCAUGCUUUAAAAUUUAAUUUUGGAUAUGAUAUUAUAGUGGGAACUGCCACCUUGGACAUGUAUUCAAAAUGCAACAGAAUGUCUGAUGCACGAAAGCUUUUCAACUCAUUGCCCAAUCCUACUCGGCAAUCUUAUAAUGCCAUUAUUGUUGGAUAUGCUCGUCAAGACCAAGGUCUUAAAGCUUUAGAAAAUUUUCAAUCUUUACAGAGGUCACAUCUUGGCUUGGAUGAGAUUAGUCUGUCUGGUGCUUUGACUGCUUGUGCAGCAAUCAAAGGCCGGUUGGAAGGGAUUCAGCUACAUGGAUUAGCAGUCAAAUGUGGUUUAACGUUUGAUAUCUGUGUUGCAAAUGCCAUUUUAGACAUGUAUGGUAAGUGUGGAGGUCUGCUGGAAGCUUGUGUAAUAUUUGAUGAGAUGGAAAGAAGGGAUGCUGUCUCUUGGAAUGCAAUCAUUGCAGCUCAUGAACAAAAUGAGGAAAUAGAGAAAACACUUUCACUCUUUGUUUCAAUGCUGCGGUCAACAAUGGAACCAGAUGAUUUUACUUAUGGUAGUGUUGUAAAGACGUGUGCUGGUCAGCAAGCUUUAAACUAUGGUAUGGAGAUUCAUGGACAAAUUAUUAAGUCCGGGUUGGGGUUAGACAGUUUUGUUGGCAGUUCCCUUGUUGAUAUGUAUUGUAAGUGUGGAAUGCUAGAGGAGGCUGAAAAGAUUCAUUACAGAUUGGAGGGGCAAACAACAGCUUCGUGGAAUUCAAUGCUUUCAGGAUUCUCAUCGCAAAAGCAAAGUGAAAAUGCUCAGAAGCAUUUUUCACAGAUGCUGGAAAUGGGUGUCAUACCUGACAACUUCACCUAUGCUACAGUUCUAGAUAUUUGUGCUAAUUUGGCUACUGUUGAACUUGGAAAGCAAAUUCAUGCUCAAAUCUUAAAGCUACAGUUGCAUUCAGAUGUGUAUAUAGCCAGCACUCUUGUAGAUAUGUAUUCAAAGUGCGGAAAUAUGCAGGAUUCCAGACUAAUGUUUGAGAAGGUACCUAAGAAGGAUUAUGUGACUUGGAGUGCUAUGAUUUGUGCAUAUGCAUACCAUGGUCUUGGAGAAGAAGCCAUUAAAUUAUUUGAGGAUAUGCAGCUUUUUAAUGUGAAACCGAAUCAUACAAUUUUUAUUUCAGUCCUCAGAGCUUGUGCGCAUAUGGGUUAUGUGGACAGAGGGCUGCAUUACUUCCAGAAAAUGCAAAACUACUAUGGUUUAGACCCACGGAUGGAGCAUUAUUCAUGUAUGGUAGAUCUUCUGGGGAGGUCCGGACAAGUAAACGAAGCAUUGAAGCUUAUUCAAAGCAUGCCUUUUGAAGCUGAUGAUGUAAUUUGGAGAACUUUGCUUAGCAAUUGCAAGAUGCAAGGGAAUAUAGAAGUCGCAGAAGCAGCAGCCAGUUCUUUAUUGCGGCUGGACCCCCAAGAUUCUUCUGCGUAUGUCCUUUUAUCUAAUUUCUAUGCUAUUGUGGGGAUGUGGGGUGAGGUUGCAAAAAUAAGAAAUAUAAUGAAGAAUUAUAAACUAAAGAAGGAGCCUGGUUGUAGCUGGAUUGAAGUAAGAAAUGAGGUACAUGCGUUUCUUGUGGGGGACAAGGCACAUCCAAGAUCUGAAGAGAUAUAUGAGCAAACUCGUCUACUUGUGGAUGAGAUGAAGUGGGAUGGAUAUGUUCCAGAAAUUGAUUUCAUGGUUGAUGAGGAGCCAGAAGAACAAGAUUCUUAUGAGGGUUCACAGUCACAGAACAGCAAUUAGUUGUAGUGUGAGGUAAUGUAGAAAAGAUUUUGAUCCCUGCCUACAAUAGCUUGAUGGAUAUUUCUACACUUCUAUGUGGUUAUAAAGUUUUGGAAGAGGAAAAGAAAUUGCCAAAGUUUGAAGAUAAACUUAAAUCCAAGCAGGAAGGAGUUUAUAGGCAAUGCAAUAGAAAAUUCAAAACUGAAAUUUAGUUGCUUGAAGGGAAUCCAGGGAAGUUAUAAGGUAAGAUUUUGUUUAUUAUUUGUAGCUCUUUAGUUUCUGCCUGUAAUGCUUCUAAUGGCUGCUAUCGCAUAUGAAUUGUGUUGGUCUAUUGACAAGCUUCUAUGUGCUUUUUUUUAUUUUUGUUAUGAACCAUAGGUUUUGCUGAUGUUCUAAAAGACUAAAACAACAUGAAAAUUUGCCUAUUUUCUCUAUGUUAUCAAGCUGACCACCAAGACUGCAAUUUUUGAUACUUUAGCAUAUUGUAUUUAAGCCCUCAUUCUCAUGGAAUGCUAGAAUUUUACUCAGCCAUUUCUUGGGUGGACCAUUACCUGGUGAUAAAGAAACCACCAUAGUGAUGUUUCUACAGGUUCAAUUUGUUUAGUACUACCUCACUCAAGACAGAAAAUAGAGAUUCAUUGAAGUAAGAACUUUAUUUGGAGAAUGAGAUGUUUGUCCAUGUGCUGUUGCCCCUGAAUAUCUACAAAUUACAUUCUUGUGUUGAUUGAGGAUCAUGUCCUGGAUCCCUAACUCUUGAAGGAAGAAUAAAGUUUGCAAUGCACUGUUCCUUGCUGGAUCAUUAUAAUUUCUCAAAUUCCAGCACCAAUUGUACAUAUUUUCUUAAAAAAGAAAUGUGUAAUUUAUCUGUUGAGACAUCAAAAUUUUAUCUGUGUAAACUAAUACAUGUGGUGUUUCCUGAAAACCCUACAAAAUCUAAUUCAGUUAACGUGAUUUCCCUUAAAUAUUGUAUUGAGAAAUAUAUCUCGAAUUCACCUUUUGAGGAAAAAUAAUGUCACUUUAAAAUUAA